AAAAGUGUGUUGCACUGUUGCAGACGAUACUAGUUGUGAUAGUGUUCUGGUCAACUACUAAUAUUCUAUUUCGUGUUUCAGCUGAAUUCUAAAUAAAAAAAUGAAGAUUAUUUUAGCGAUUUUAUCACUUGCCUUCAUAAUUGGACAUGCUAAGGGAACCAAGAUUGAAGACUUCCCUGUAAAUGCUCCCAAUGUUGACGCAGAUAGAAAUAAGGGUAAUAAAUUCAAAGAAGUCAUUGAAAAUUUUAAAGACAUUUUGAGAAAUGGAAAUGAAACUUUUGGAAUUCCUGCCAUGGACCCUUACAAAUCAGAUCCACUAAAACUAUCCUAUAAAUCGGAUAAAUUUAGAGGAAAAUUAAAUAUUGAGAGCGUCGAUGUUUUCGGUACCUCGAAUUAUGUAGUGAAUAAAGCUGCCUUCAAAAUGGUUGGUUUAAAAAUGUGUUUGGGUCUUCGUUGGAACAAAUUAAGAGGAGAUAUUAACGCUUAUAAUUUCAAUGGCAUAUUGUUCAAUUUAACUGAUGUCUAUGGAAAAGGAAACGCAGAAUUUACAAUUAGAGAUUUCGAUGUAUUUACCAGUGUUUUUUUGAAAAUAAAUCCAGCAACCAAAAAAUUGGCCAUAAAACACAUAGACACCCAAUUCUCGCUGGGAAGUUUCCAGUUUUAUUCUGAGGGCAUCUAUAAUGAUCGAGACAUAUCACAAGUCGUCAGUGCUAUUAUUUCUGAUAUGGCACCCAAAUUUAUUCAAAUGUACCAAAAGGAAUUGACAGAUGUCGUAAAAGAAAUUUUAACGGAUUUUGGAAAUGAAUUUCUUAGUAGGAAAACUCUUAAGGAUCUUCUAGAUCUUAUAUCAUAAUUAUAAAAUGUAAAAUACAAGAAUUUUUUGGUCUUUUACGAAUAUGUACCCAAAAUUGACAAAGAAAAAUGUUUUCUGAAUAACAAUCGUGAAGCAUUUAUAGGUAAUAAUAAAAUUCUUAUUGAUAAG